AAAUUGGCAAAGCUACCGAUGAACUGCUUCAGUUGAAGAACUGCAUCCACUGGGAAAGCAAUACAAAAUGUACAAAAUACUCGUGUUGGCGGUGGCCAUUGCCGCCGUUUCGGCCAUCCAAAGCCCAGAAUUCGAUCCCAAGACGAUCGAUUGGUCGAUCGUGCGAACCCUGCGAGAGACAGACAAGUACCGUGCCCGAUUUGGACUGGCCCCACUGAGCGAUGACGAAAUCCGCCAGUCUCGUAUCUCCGGAGGAACCGUCGCCACUCCAACGGACAUCCCGUGGGCUGCCGGAGUUUUGAUCCAUGGAGGCACCUCGGGACACAGCUUCUGCAGUGGAACACUGAUAUCGGCUCGUUUUGUCCUGACUGCCGCGGAUUGUGUCGUUGGUGAAAGUAACAUCGCCAUCGCUCUGAAUGCUGCUAACAUGGCGAACAUCGGAACGUUGAUCUCCGUCUCCCACGUGCUGAUUCACCCGAACUACAGUUCCUUCUUCAAUCGCGAUAACCUCGCCAUUCUUACCCUGAGCCAGGAUGCUCCCAUCGAUGAUUCCACGAUCCGCACGGUCCUGCUGCCACGUCGUUCAGAUGCUGGACUGUCCUUCGUCGAUUGGUCGGCAACGACGGCCGGUUGGGGAGUCACUGGUAACCGUGACAAUGAACCUGUUCCGACACAGUUCCUGCAAUUCGCCACGGAUAGCGUCACUUCGAACCUGGCAUGUCAGCUAUCGUACACCUGGGUCAGAAGCACGCAUAUCUGCGUCCAGACGAACAACGGUGGCCCAUGUGAUGGCGACGAAGGAGGUCCCGUUACGGUGCGUGAGGCAAAUCGCAUUUUCCUGAUUGGCAUUCACUCGUUCCACUUCAGCGGAAUUCGUGGGUGUGACCGUGGUCGUUCGGCCGUCCAUACCCGUAUCACCGAGUACCUUGAUUGGAUCGAACAAAACACUGACGUAGUUGUUCCAGCAUAGAUAGUCUUAUCUUGAGCCAAUUGUUUUUCGUCAAUAAACGGUUUAAAAACGCAUAA